UUUCCCCCCGGCAUGGCCCCGGUGUUGCUGUCCUUGCUGGCGCUGGCGGUGCUGGCGGCUGGGGGGGGGUUAGAAGCGCAGCCCCCCGCCUCCGAGCCCGCCUGCCCCGUGUGUCUCUGGCGGCGGCACAGCAAGGAGCUGCGGCUGGAGAGCAUCAAGUCCCAGAUCCUGAGCAAGCUGCGGCUGAAGGAAGCGCCCAACAUCACCCGGGAGGUGGUGAAGCAGCUGCUGCCCAAGGCCCCGCCGCUCCAGCAGCUCCUCGACCUCCACGACUUCCAGGGGGACUCGCUGCAGCACGACGAGUACCUGGAGGAGGACGAGUACCACGCCACCACCGAGACCGUCAUCAGCAUGGCCCAGGAAACGGACCCCGUGGUGCAGAUCGAGGGCAACCCCCAUUGCUGCUUCUUCAACUUCAGCCCCAAGAUCAUGUUCACCAAGGUGGUGAAGGCGCAGCUGUGGGUGUACCUGCGGCCCGUGCAGCACACCUCCACCGUCUACCUGCAGAUCCUCCGCCUGAAGCCGGUGACGGAGGAAGGCAGCCGCCACAUCCGCAUCCGCUCCCUCAAGAUCGACCUCAACUCCCGCAUCGGGCACUGGCAGAGCAUCGACUUCAAGCACGUGCUGCAGAACUGGUUCAAGCAGCCGCAGAACAACUGGGGCAUCGAGAUCAACGCCUUCGACCCCAACGGCAACGAUUUGGCCGUCACCUCGCUGGGACCCGGGGCCGAAGGGCUGCACCCCUUCAUGGAGCUGCGGGUGCUGGAGAACAACAAGCGCUCGCGGCGGAACCUGGGGCUGGACUGCGACGAGCACUCGACCGAGUCGCGCUGCUGCCGCUACCCCCUCACCGUCGACUUCGAGGCGUUCGGCUGGGACUGGAUUAUCGCCCCCAAGAGAUACAAAGCCAACUACUGCUCGGGGCAGUGCGAGUACAUGUUCAUGCAGAAGUACCCCCACACCCACCUGGUGCAGCAGGCCAACCCCCGGGGCUCGGCGGGGCCCUGCUGCACCCCCACCAAGAUGUCCCCCAUCAACAUGCUUUACUUCAACGACAAACAGCAGAUCAUCUACGGCAAGAUCCCGGGCAUGGUGGUUGACAGAUGCGGAUGCUCUUAGAGCCCGGCUGGUGCUGCCCCUCCAACCUGCGCCCCCCCUCCACCAACGAACUCCUCUUUUCUUCCACUGUUUUUCUUUUUUUUUUUUUUAUUAUUAUUUUUUUUUUCUGGUUGAUUUUUUUUUUAAAUACAAAGAACAAGCGUUAAAAUUCCUUUGGGUGUUGGGGGAAGAGAGAGAGAGAGAGAGAGAGAAGCAAAUCCCACGGAGAGACGCUGCACCAAACUCGGCGCUUCGACAUGCAUUGUGCAAUAAAGCAACCAGACGGAGAAGGGAAGGGGCGGCCGGGACCCCCCAGCGCCGCCACCCCCCACCCACGGCGGCACGGCACGGCACGGCACGGUGGCACGGCUCUUCAUCGGAUGGCCCCGGCUCAAGCACGAUGGGGAGAGGAGGAGGCCGAGCAGACCCGGCAUCUCCCCGCGCUCCUGGAGCGGCCGUGGGGAUGGGGACGUCCCGGCCAAGGUGACACCCAAGGGCGGGCGGCCCCGGUCCCUGAGCAGCCGAUGGCCCCGUCGUCGCAGCCCCGCUCUGGGCGCUCUGCGGGAGCGAGGACGGCAGGAUCCAGCAGCGGGACCCCCGGGACGGGCACGCCGGGGCGGCUGGGCCACGCGAGCGCCGGCAGCAGCUCCAGCCCGGGAGGAAACCGUCUCCCUUCUUUAAUUUAUUUAUUUAUUAAUCACCCUCCCGGCCGGCGCGUUGCUGCGGGAAGCCCCCGCUUGCCCUGGUCCUUCCCUUCACGCCGCCGGCACCGGCCUGGCACCCACGACCCGACGGUGGGGACGGCUCUAGAGGGGCUGCUUCAGCCCGGAGGCCCCCGGGGACCAGCCGGUGGCAGCCGGCACCGCCAGCAUCCCACGGCAUCCCUGGGCACGGACAGCUCGAGGGGAACGGAGCUGCCGCCCGACGCUUUCGGAUCCGGCGGCUCGGGGGGUCUCCGGCGGGAAGGAGGGCGGCCAGCGGCCUGGGGUUAUCCGGAGGCGGCACCGGCCAGAAUUGGAUGGAGGCUCCGGCUGGGGAGAAAUUCCGCUUACGCGGCAGAUUCGCCUCCCCCUGCCCUUGGCGUUUGGAUUAUUUUCGCGUGAGAACCAGCUCCCGCUUUCUCAAGAGUUCAGCCGCCGCGGCGGCUCCGGCGGUUCCCCUCCGCUCAUGCCGUGGCUGGAGUGAUGCAACCGGGGCCGCGCUGGGUCCCGGCCGGGAGCCAUCCCUGGCGCCAGCCGGCUGCCGAUGCUGCACCGGGGGGGAAGCACGGGGGAGCCCCCCGAACCCCGGCCCCAGCACUUAUCCCAAGGGUGCCGGACGGCUCCAGCUGGUUGUGGCGCCUCCAUCCCUCCUCGCCCAUGGCACCGCAGGGCAGAAGCACCGGGGCCAUGCGGGGAAUGUCCAGCCCGGCACGUCUGCACCCCGUGUAGCACUUAGGGACGACGCCGGGCAGCCGGGGUCGGGAAGGAGCCGGGGGCAGAACCGGGGAGCCGGGGGCACUCGGGAUGUUUAGCACUUGUCCCCGGCUCCGCCGAGCCCAAAGCGCUUACAAGGACGAGGCUGCCCUGGGGCGAGGAUGCCUGGCAGUGCCGAACCCCGACGGUGCCGAACCCCAGCCGUGCCGAGCCCCGGUCAUCCCGUCUGGCGCCGAAGCACUUAGGGCCCCUCACGCCGGGGUCCCGACACCGCUGGGGUCUCGGCACCGGCACCGAUGCCACUGGCCAGGUGGCUCCGGCAAUAGUGGCCCCGCUGUGGUGUCGCGGGGGGUCCUGGCACCCCGGGCGGACCCUGGGGCUCCGGCUCACGGCAGGGGAUGGCGAUGGGGCGAGUCAGGGUCCCUUGAGGAGCAGAGUCCUCGGGGCCGGGCAGGGGGCACAGCUCAGCCCCGAAACACUGGCCUGCGGUCACGCCGCAGCAAAACGGCCCCGUGCUGGCAGGUCGUUGCCAACUCUCGCAAUACAUCAGCCGAUGCUGAUGCCGAUCCCCCUCCCUGGCCGGGCGGCAGCCAGCGAGAGCCGCAACCGGGGCCGGGGGCCGAGGCACCCCCUCUCCCUGCCAUUCAGUGCCUUUCAGGGGGCUGCGUCCUCCGGCAGCACCGGGUCCCGCUGCGGAGCCGGUGGAUCCCCUGCUGGAGGAGACCCCCCCCGCCCCGCUGAGCCGAGGACAAGGCCUGUGUCCCCCUGCGGUGCCCCCCGCCCAGCGGUGCCCAUGUGAUGCCAAAGGGGCCGGUCCCGCCGAAGCUGCCCGUGGAAAUAUUUUGCUGGUCCCCAUUUCUCUCCCACCCGGCUCUCAUGGAUCAUGAGGGAUCAUCCCCCCUCCGAAAACCACACCGGCCACGGCCAGGGUCGCACCGGCACGGAGGAGCACUGUCCUGGCACCGCCAGCACCGGGGCGGGUCCCGCUCGGCCGGGAGCGGAGCCACGUGCCGGGAAAAAGCCAGAAGCCACUUGGAAGGAACCAGAAAGGUCCCGGAGCCACCUCGGCCACGGGAUCCCGCUCUGGAGUCAGGGGAGCCACAGGCUGGCGGGGAUCCAGCGGGGAUCCGGCGGGGAUCCACCUGCCCCCCACACCCCAACCCUCGCCCCGUGCCGGAGCCCCGUCUGGCGGGGAGCAGGGGGGGGUCUUGCUGACCCCAAUUCAGGACGUGGCCACCAACCUUGUGCUUGGGGCACGUGGCCCUUGCCCGGGGCGGGGGGUCCACCGGGCUCUGGGCGGUGGUGGGGGCUUCCCGCCCGGUGACGCGGAGCUGGGAUGGGUGGGAGGUGCCCGGGUGGGGCGCUUCCCCCCCUGGUUUUUAAGACCCUCGAACAAGGGGGCAGCUGAGGCAGGUGGGAUCCCCCGCCGCGGGCAUCGUCCCCCCACCGGCAUCGUCCCCCUGUGCCGGGGCAGCGGCCGCCGCGGCGGGGUCCAACCCAGUGCGCAGCCCAUAACCGGGGAGGGGGGUGGUCCGGUCACCCCGGGCACCGGGGGAGCCACGGAGCACCCCAAACCCGCAGCCCGUCACCCCGAAAGCCCCCGCAGGGCUCCGGUUACAGGCAGGUGGCGCUGAAGAAGAAAGGAUGGGGCUGCCCCGGGCACUGGGACCAGUCAGUCCCCGGGCACUGGGACCAGUCAGCCAGCCCUGGGCACUGGUCCCACAGCCCCCAGCAGCAGGGGGCACUGGGACCCGUGCCCGGGGCUGAGUGGUCCCGCAGGCGGUCCAUGGGCGGGCAGGGGGUGGCAGCCCCGUCAGUAUAUUAUUAUUAUUUACCCGGUGUAUCGGUCCUGUGCGUAACGUCUUAGGUUAUUUUUCUGUUCGUUUGUUCGUUGUUUUGUUCCUCGUUCUGUCGUUCAGGGGUGUCCGGGGAGGGGCAGGGACGCGUCUGCCAGGGCGGGGGGCUCAGGACGGGCCCUGUGAGGAGGGGGGUGGGGGGGGCACGCGGCGGGUCCAAAUCGCACGACCAAAAGGCCAUGGAUGGUCGGUGGGGUGGGAGGGGGGGCUGGGGGGGGAAAGGGGGUUUAAUCGCGUGACCAAACAGAGCACUUGAACAUCAAAAAAAAAAAUAAAACUAAAAAGAAAUUUUAAAAAUAAUUAAAAAAAAAAAUAUUUAAAAAAAGGAAAUAAUCAAAGAGUUCAGAGCUUUCAGCUCCAUCCCGCACCGAGGGCUCCCGGCCUGCCCGGGGCUCAGCUGGCACCGCGGCCGGGGCGCCGGGACCCCCGGCCAGCGCAGCCGGUGCCGUGACACCCCCCCCCCCCCCGUGCCGCCGCCGUCCCACGAGGUGCCGGGAGCCGCGGCCUCGGGGAUGCCGAAUGUCCCCGGUGAAAGGCGAGGGACGGCCUGGGGGGGGGCUGGGGAACCAUUUGCACUAUGGAAGGUUGAAGAAGAGACGAGGACGGGGUCGCCGCCGAGCCGGGGCCGAGGGCACGAGCGUGGGUCCGGCCGUGCCGGGGUGGGUCUUCCUCGCUGCCGGGGGGAGAUGCCAAGGUGCUGCCGGCUCCACCGCGGUGCCGUGGCAUCGGGGCGUGAAACCCCCUCCCCGGCGUGGAGGAGGGGGCUUCGGCCCCACCAGCCCGGCAGGAUGCGGGUGUUGGGUUUGGGGAGGCUGUGGCAGCCCCAAGGGGGGGAUCGGUGGGUCUGGAGAAGGUGUCGUGUCCCCCCCCCCCGGCGUCAACACCAGCCUGGGGGUCCACGUGGCCCAGCCGAGCCCCUGGCCCAGCUCUCCGAGGGGACCGGGCACGACCACCUCGUUACACCGCGGCCUCGUUACAAAGCUCGUUUCGGCGACGCCACCCUCCACCUCCACUAUCACGCGGCGACUGCGCUGGCACCCGGCGGUGUAACGGGGGGAGCAGGUGCCCCCGGCGCGGGGGGACGGGACAGGGGGGCUCGCGGCUCCCCGGUCACAAACCGGAUUCGGAAGAGCUACAGGAAAGGAAAAGCUUAACGAGCGUCCCAGUUACUUCUGUGUUGUAUAAAUUACAUUUGGUCUGUAACUCGCGUUAGUCUCCUGUGUACGAUAUCAUAACCACCGCUCUGUCCCGGUUCCGUCCUUGGUUGUUUUUUUUUUUUAGACUUUUUGUACAAUAAAAAAUUUAUAUAGCCAAAAAGAAAAAAAAAAAAAAAAAAAAGGGAAAACUGCUGACAAAUGCCUUUUGCUUGGGUUACUGAGCUCCGCUCACUGCCUCACUGCCCCUCGCCGGCACCAGAUCCCAGGGUUGGCACUGGAUCCUGGGGUUGGCACAAGAUCCAAGGGUUGGCACCGGAUCCCGGGAUUGACACCAGAUCCCAGGGUUGGCACCGGAUCCCGGGGUUGGCACCGGAUCCCGGGGUUGACACCAGAUCCCAGGGUUGGCACCGGAUCCCGGGGUUGGCACCAAAUCCCAGGGUUGAAACCAGAUCCCAGGGUUGGCACCAGAUCCUGGGGUUGGCACCAAAUCCCAGGGUUGACACCGGAUCCCGGGCUCAGCACCGGAUCCCGGGGCCGGGUGGGGGCUCAGAGGGUCCGAGCAGCCCAGCCCCGGCUGUUCCUCGGGGUCUUCACCCCACGCCCCGAUCCCGGGAUGGGCCCUCGGCCUCUCGUGUGCUCGCUCAGCUUCGCACGCCGGGUC